AUGCCUUGCCGUCCAGCAAUCUCGUCUAUGUCCCUUGGAAGGUGCUAUGCCGGCCACUCGAUCGAGCACAAGCUAUCCAUGGCCGCAAAACAUGGCAUCGAAGGCAUCGAGCUCUUCUAUGAAGAUCUGGCAGACCUUGCUACAAGUCGAUACUCCUCCGACCUCUACGCUGCCGCAAGAUACGUUCGUUCUCUUUGCACAUCGCUCAAUAUCGAAAUCCUAUGUCUGCAACCGUUCAUGCACUACGAAGGACUGCGAGACAGGCAAAGACACGCAGAAAGGAUAGAUGAGAUAAAGGUCUGGAUGGAUGUGGUGAAGAUCCUUGAUACAGAUGUCAUCGCAGUCCCAUCAUCAUUUCUUCCCAAGGAGGAGAUCUCUGGUGAUAUGAACCUUAUCGUAUCCGACCUCCGAGAGCUGGCAGACCUAGGUCUCCAACAAACACCCGUCAUAAGAUUUGCGUACGAGAGUCUUUCCUGGGGUACAUAUAUCAACAAGUGGGAACAGAGCUGGGAGAUCGUGCAGAGGGUCGACAGAGAAAACUUUGGUCUUUGUCUUGAUACCUUUAACAUCCUUGGUCGUAUAUAUGCCGACCCUGAGUCGCCCACCUUCUGCACACCUAAUGCAGAUCAAGAUGUUGCCGAGUCGGUGCAGAGGUUAUUGGCAAAAUCUGGGCCUCCUAAGGAUAAGAUUUUCUUCAUGCAGAUUGUGGACGCUGAAAAGCUCUCUUCCCCCUUACUUCCCGGCCAUCCAUUCUACAAACCAGAGCAGCCAUCCAGGAUGAGCUGGAGCAGGAACUGCAGGCUGUUUUAUGGUGAAAGCGACAAGGGGGCCUACCUCCCUGUCAAAGACGUGGCAGAGGCCAUUAUCAACGGGAUCGGAUAUGACGGCUGGGUGAGCAACGAACUCUUUAACCGAGCCAUGGAAAGGACGGACGAGGGUGUUGUAGAGGAACUGGCAGAGAGGUCGAAGGUCGGAUGGCAUAAGUUGGUGGCUGACCUUGGCCUUAAGAUUGAACGGCCACAACCUACUAUUCAGAGGAAAGACAGUGGGCAAGACAUUGCCCAUCAUGAUUCCAGACUUUAA